AUGCGUCGUCCACCGGGAUUCGUGCAGUGGACGUCGUCCCUAGUCCUAUUGUUCGAGCUCACGGUCCGCGUGACUUCGACGAAGCAGCCGAAUAUUGUCUUUAUUCUGGCGGACGAUUUGGGAUGGAAUGACGUCGGCUUUCACGGUUCCGGUCAGAUCCCAACGCCGAAUAUCGACGCGCUGGCGUACUCCGGGCUGCUCCUCGAUAGAUAUUAUGUCACUCCGAUUUGCACACCGUCCAGAAGCGCUCUGAUGACUGGCAAAUAUUCUAUUCACACUGGAAUGCAGCACAGCGUUCUCAAAGGUUCGGAGCCGAGAGGAUUGCCACUCCACGAGAAACUCUUGCCGGAACAUUUGCGCGAGCUUGGAUACAGCACGCACAUCGUCGGCAAAUGGCACCUAGGAUUUUACAAGAAGGAGUACACCCCGACUUACAGGGGAUUCGACACCCACACCGGCUUCUGGGGGA